AUGUUCCGAUCAGUCAGACCCAGGCCCCAGCAGUGCCUUCAACGCGUCCGGCACAACUCUACAGCUACCCCAACAGCUCCCCCAUUACUCUAUAAAAUUAAAUCAGACCUGAAGGAUGCCUUGAGGGCGAAGGACACCGCCAGACUGAACGUCCUCCGCGCAAUAAUAUCAGAAACAAACAAUGCCGCAAAGACGUCGUCGCCCAUUAAAACCGAUAUCCAACUCCUAAACCUAAUAAACAAGCGCACGGCUGCGUUAAAAGAUGCUAAAGGCGAAUACAUGGACGCAGGACGAACUGACCUGAGCGAGAGCGCUGAUAAUGAACUAGCAGUUCUGAAAGGAUAUGCUAGCCAGGUGGAAACGAUGAGCGUUGAGGAAGUCCGAGCUGCUGUCUCGAGGGCUAUUAAGAAGAUGCAGGAUUCUGGGCAAAAGCCUGUUAUAGGACUUGUCAUAAAGGCACUUGUGGGACGUGGAGGUUCGUUGGAAGGAAAGCCAGUUUCAAGUAGGGCAGGUCUCAAAGAUCGCGAAAGGAGCUGA